CGGGUGUAACCAACGAGCUAACGUUAGGCUAGUUAGGUGUAGCUAGCUUUAGAUAAUUUUCUGCGUACGCAUCUGUGACAUGGAUAUCAUACAAAUAGUUAUUGAAGAAUAGUAAUAAAAGUUGUUGGUAUCACUUUGUUUCACUUCUACACUGCUGUUGUCGACAUCUUCGUUUUCGUUGUUUUCAUCAUUAGCGGUCCCGUGUCGGUCUGUUAGCCAGUUAGCCUCCUCAGGUAGGUGUAGCAGUGUAUGGGUGUCUGACUUAGCAGUGACUUCACCGGCAGUCUGGUUGCCUGAUCUUGCAUUUUGGACACGUCAAGGUAAACAGUUAGCCAUCGCCGAGUUUGAAAGCCUGCAAGUGAACUAACGAUUGUUUAGCCGCGUGUCUUGCUCACACUGCCUUGUAAAUAUGCACAUGCCAGCUGGUGAACUUAUAACAAACGUGCCAGUUUGUUUUCCUUCAUAUUAGCUCAUGUUAGCAGUGAGUUGUUAUCACACAGACCCCGCUUAGCUUAACUGUAGCUAAUGUCGGAUAGCUUCUGGUGUCAAGUUCGACAGUAUGUUAACAGCUUCAUCAAGCUAAUGUUGUCACUGUCUGUUUUUGUUGUUGCUUAUUUUGUUCAGGAACAAUUGUCACAUUUCUCCUAAACAUUAUUAGAAUGACUGUUGUAGCAUGUUUGAAUCGCUGUUAGUUCAUAUUAUUUAGUAUAUGAAGUCAAAUGGACAGAAUUGUUCUAAGAUGUUUUAUUUGCUAGUCAGUCUUUGAGUAGUACCUGCUUCGAAUUCAAACACUAUGUUCGUGAAAUUUGUCAGCAACGAAUCUGCAUUAAUUGCUUACUUACUUGACUUGAUAUACCUAACUCAAAGAUCAACUUUAAUAACCAAUAAUCUUUCAUCAUAGUAUCGUAUGAAAUGUUGCGAUAGUUCAGCAUGAAAGUAGGACUGCAGUUGAGAAUCAUAUCAUCAUAAUCAUAAACAGUUGAAAUACAAUUUAUAUUCUUAAUAAGUUGUUUGUGACAAACUGAAAAAUAGAAAAUUGAGUUCUCAAACUCAAACUGACAUGUUUAGACGUUUUCGCUUAUUCGACCAGCAGUCAAAAAUUCAAGCCUUUCAGGUAAAAAUUAUUGAAAAACAGUAAAUGUUUCCAGUUGUGAAGCUGAAACAAACACAUUUCUGCCGCUCUUAAAAUGAAUGUAACAAUAUAUUGAUAAUCAAAAGGUUUUUCAAUUAAUUUCAUGUUGCUAAAUAAUUGAUUGAGAAAUUGCUUCAGUCUUACAGAAAAAUUUUACUCUUGUCGUGUACAGUUUAAGAUUUUGAAUCUUUAUCUUCCCUUUAAGGUUCCACAAAUCUGUAUCUUGAUUUUGGGGGGUGUGAUGUCAGAACCCAAGACCCCCACUCCCACCCCUGCUGGCGAUACAUACAAAGGAUGGGUGUUCAAAUGGACUAAUUACAUCAAGGGUUAUCAGCGGAGGUGGUUUGUCCUGAGCAAUGGCCUGUUGUCAUAUUACAGGACCCAGGCAGAGAUGGGUCACACAUGUCGGGGCACAAUCAACUUGGCAACAGCAACUAUCACUGUAGAUGAUGCCUGCAACUUUGUCAUCUCCAAUGGUGGGGCACAGACAUAUCACCUGAAGGCCAGCUGUGAGGUGGAACGUCAGCGCUGGAUCACUGCCCUUGAGCUGGCCAAAGCCAAGGCAGCCCGAAUGCAGGCUGAGUCAGAUGACUCAGGUGAUGACUUCUCUCCAUCAUCUCCACCGGCGGCACCUGGACAAGGCGGGGGGUCACAAAAUUCAGAAGUCCAGUCUGCUCUCAGAACACUGGGCAGCAAGGUGGAGGAUCUCAGCACAUGCAACGACUUGAUCUCAAAGCAUGGCUCUGCGCUCCAGAGGUCUUUAUCAGAACUGGACAGUUUACGUCUGACUGGAGAGGCUGGGGAUAAGAUUCGUCAGGUGACAGAAAGGGCCACACUAUUCCGCAUCACCUCUAAUGCCAUGAUUAAUGCGUGCCGAGACUUUCUUGCACUGGCUCAGGCUCACAGUAAGAGAUGGCAGAAGGCCUUGCAGGCAGAACGGGAGCAAAGAGUGAGGCUGGAGGAGACUUUAGAACAACUGGCCAAACAGCACAAUCACUUGGAGCGAGCAUUUAGAGGGGCUGCACAGGUUAAUGCUAGUGCAGACAAUAAAAGUGCAGUUGGGCCAGGAAAAAGUGAAGCCAGCGAUGAGGAUGAUGACAACGAGUUUUUUGAUGCCAUGGAAGAGGCGCCUGAGUUUAUCACUGUACCUGCAGACCCUCAGUUCCACAAACGGUCAAGCAGUAAUAUUAGCGGUUUCAACAGUGAAAUGUGUCCUGAUGAUCAAUCGCUUAAUGAGGAGCCUCUUGCAAUGAACCAAGAGUCCCCGUCUCUGGAGUUGGUGCCCUUGAAGAAGAGGCGGACACGCAUCCCAGAUAAACCCAAUUACUCUCUUAACCUUUGGAGUAUAAUGAAGAACUGCAUCGGCAAAGAGCUGUCCAAGAUCCCAAUGCCUGUAAACUUCAAUGAGCCUAUUUCCAUGCUGCAGCGGUUGUCAGAGGACCUUGAGUACUACGAACUGCUGGAUAAGGCUGCGAAGUGUCAGAGCUCCCUCGAGCAGAUGUGCUACGUGGCUGCCUUCUCCGUGUCCUCCUACUCGACCACUGUCCACCGCACAGGAAAGCCCUUUAACCCCCUGCUGGGAGAGACAUAUGAGCUGGAUCGCCAGAGAGAAUGUGGCUACCGCUCCCUGUGUGAGCAGGUGAGCCACCACCCUCCUGCAGCAGCUCAUCAUGCUAUUUCUGAUCGUGGCUGGACUCUGAGGCAGGAAAUCACAGUUGCAAGCAAGUUCAGAGGCAAAUACCUCUCAAUUAUGCCAUUAGGCACAAUUCAUGCAAGUUUUGAAAAGAGCAACAAUCACUACACAUGGAAGAAAGUUACCACUACGGUGCACAACAUUAUUGUUGGAAAGCUAUGGAUUGAUCAGUCUGGAGAGAUUGAUGUCGUGAACCACACCACAGGAGACCGCUGCCAUUUGAAAUUUGCCCCUUACAGCUACUUCUCUAGGGACAUCGCGAGAAAGGUGACAGGUGUAGUAAUGGACAAAGAUGGCAAGGCCCACUACGUGCUGUCAGGCACAUGGGAUGAGAAGAUGGAGUUCUCCAGGGUGAUGCAGAGCAGCCGAGGAGGAGAGAAUGGCACAGAAGGCAAACAGAAGACAGUCUACCAAACCCUUAAAGCCAGAGAGCUCUGGAGGAGAAACCCUCUACCUGAGGGAACAGAAACCAUGUAUUACUUCACCGCCCUAGCUCUAACCCUGAACGAGCUUGAGGAGGGCGUGGCACCCACUGACAGCCGACGCCGGCCGGACCAGCGUUUAAUGGAGGAUGGUCGCUGGGACGAGGCCAACGCAGAGAAGCAGCGACUGGAGGAGAAGCAACGUAGUGCCCGUCGCGAGAGAGAGAGGGAAGCUGCCAGCCAACGCACCUCCAGCCAGUCAGAAGAAGCUGUCGAUGAUGACUCUCACACUGAUCCCUCCUUGAAAAGUGCACUUCAUGACAACUACCAGGCACUCUGGUUCGAGCGCUGCGAGGACCAGAUCACAGGUGAGCAAGUUCAUAUCUAUAAGGGAGGCUACUGGGAAGAGAAGGAGCGUGGCUGCUGGGAGGGCCUCCCGGACAUAUUUUGACCUUAGCAUUGACUGCAAGGUGCCCUGAAGAAACUGACCAUCAAAGCCGUCUGGUGGGCAGCUACGCAAAGGCCUGCUUAUUCCCCUCUACUUGUACGGCUGCUCCUUUCCAGUGACUCUCUGUUCUAAGAGAUCUCCAGGAUGGUCACUGCUGUCUGAACAAGAGGGAGAACAGGAUAGGAUUUUCCUUCCCUCAUUCCAUAUUGGUCCCUGUCUCCCCGAGUCUUAGCAUCUACCCCUUUUGUUUUUGUCACAUAUCUGAGAGGACUGGAAUAAAAAAUAUCUCUGCUGUUUGGGCUUUGACUUGGAUCAGGGUGUGCAUAAAGCUGGAGACUAAACAAGCAGUGCUUCCAAAUCUAUUGUAGAUUGUUGUCUAUUUGUCAAAUCAGGGGCAAAAGAGGUUUUGUGCUGAUACCACCCUGUUUGAUAAUGUAGGGUUCCUGUCAGCAUCCACAGCAUAGUCUGCUUUGGUAAUCACUUGAAAAAAGGGGGUAAAGUCUGGUUAAUAUAUACAUUUAUAUAUAAUUAUGAUUAAAAUAAUUUUCAUUAUAAUGUCAACUGGUGGCCUUCAAGACGUUAGCAAGGAUUUUUGUGUUCAUCUCUCUGAUUUAGUGUCUUAAUGUAAUGAAAUGAAGUUUCUAGUGUGCUUGAGUGUAUGACUGCUUCGCUGCUCUUCCAACACUAUACACCAGGGACACUGUGCAGUGCAUUGUGCUUAAAAAUUAUUGUCAUAAAUAAUUUGAAUAGUUAACAGAUUGUUUAUUUCUAAUCAUGACUAAAUAGAAAAUAUGAUAGUAAAAAUGAUGGUAUGACUACAAGUCCUAAACUGUUUUUCUCUUCGCCUUAUGAGCAACCUGCUCUCACUUGUACUACACAGAUCACAUGAGUCAAUACCUACUGUGCAUCUGGAGCUGUUUUUGAACAAACAUAAAAAAAACUUUGAGGAGUCAAUUGGGAAAUGACUACAGAUCUGUAAAAAUGUUGUUUCACCACUGAGAAAACCUCACAUUAUUACAAUUUUAUGACCCUUUUUCACUUUGUUAGAAUCAUAUUUCGCCAAUUUGCCAGCAACAUCAAUGAGUUAGAUUGCAGUGAAAUAGUUUAAAAAAAAAAGAGUUCAUACAUAUGCAAGUACAUUAUGACACCAAAAACAUGGUGUGUGUGUGUGUGUGUGUGUGUGUGUGUGUGUGUGUGUGUGUGUGCGCGCGCACACACGUGUGCGUGCAUUUCCUGAUAUUGUUUGUAAGUGUACUUAAAAAUGAAGAAUAAAUACAGAAUUAAAAGCAUUACAAAUAACUAUGUUUUUUAAAUGUAUAGAAAAUCAUAUUGUACUGAUAACUGUAAGGUAGCUUUUUUCUUGUAUUUUUUGGUUCCUCGUAAUAUUGGAGGAGGUCUGUCUUCAUUUUCAGAAAAAAAGGGAGUUUAUUUGCUUCACUCAGAGGGAACACAUGACAUUAAGUAUUUUGUAUUGACACAGAAAAUAAAAUCUGUAAUAAAUGCUAUGAUGUCAGACAAA